GUCGGAGCUGAGGCGGCGGCGGCGGCUGUGAGGAGAGCGGUCGGCGGGCUGCCAUCGUUACGUUCCCUGGGCGAAGCGGCGGCAGCGAGGCAGAGGUGUCCAUCAUGUUUUCUUUCAACAUGUUUGACCACCCGAUUCCCCGGGUCUUCCAGAACCGCUUCUCCACACAGUACCGCUGCUUCUCCGUGUCCAUGCUUGCGGGGCCUAAUGACAGGUCAGAUGUGGAGAAAGGAGGGAAGAUAAUUAUGCCGCCUUCAGCCUUAGAUCAGCUCAGCCGACUCAACAUUACCUACCCCAUGCUGUUCAAACUGACCAACAAGAACUCGGACCGCAUGACUCACUGCGGUGUGUUGGAGUUUGUGGCUGACGAGGGCAUCUGCUACCUCCCACACUGGAUGAUGCAGAAUUUGCUGUUGGAAGAAGGAGGCCUGGUUCAGGUGGAGAGUGUCAACCUUCAAGUGGCCACGUACUCCAAAUUCCAGCCUCAGAGCCCUGACUUCCUGGACAUCACCAACCCCAAAGCAGUAUUAGAAAAUGCAUUGAGAAACUUUGCCUGUCUGACCACCGGGGAUGUGAUUGCCAUUAACUACAAUGAGAAGAUCUAUGAACUUCGGGUAAUGGAGACCAAGCCUGAGAAGGCCGUGUCCAUCAUCGAGUGUGACAUGAAUGUGGACUUUGAUGCUCCCUUGGGCUACAAAGAGCCUGAAAGACAAGUCCAGCACGAGGAGUCAACUGAAGGCGAAGCUGACCACAGCAGCUAUGCUGGAGAACUGGGCUUCCGUGCCUUCUCCGGCUCCGGGAAUAGACUGGAUGGGAAGAAGAAAGGUGUAGAGCCCAGUCCCUCCCCAAUCAAGCCUGGAGACAUUAAAAGAGGCAUUCCCAAUUAUGAAUUUAAACUUGGUAAGAUCACUUUCAUCAGAAAUUCACGUCCACUGGUCAAAAAGGUUGAGGAGGAUGAAGCUGGAGGCAGAUUCAUCGCUUUCUCUGGAGAAGGACAGUCGUUGCGUAAAAAGGGAAGAAAGCCAUAAGUUGGGACUGUUGGCUGAUUGGAAAAUAAAAUAAUCAAUUGCAACGUAAUGGCUUUUAGUUACUGGCUGUGACGGAGAUGAGACUAUCACAGAGGAUGCUGUGUCACUUUAGGUUUAUUUAGAGUUCCUGAGAAUUACUGAGUUUGACCUGGAUGUGGAACAGCAGGACUUCACAGUUGUGUGCUUGAAUUGGGAAAAGAGAAAGCUGUCUCUGAGGUUUCUUCUUUGCCAUCUCUCACUUUCAGCCCUGGGUGCGCUCCCACUGCCUCAACGGAAGCAGAGUUCCCUAAUUCCUGAUAAAAACUGGUAGAGGGGAUUAAAUUGCUCUAACCUGUGGUGUUCUCUCUUUUUUCAUUUAUCCUUUCUUUUUCCAGGUCUAUAGCUUAGAUGUUGCCUUUGGCCUAGAAAAAAAGGGGUUUAAAUAGAUAUGUGCUCUAUAAAGAGUGGUUAUCCCAUUACCCUGGCUGCAAUUUAAGUAUUUGAGGAAAGGUGUUUCUAUUUUUAUUUUAUGUAUUGAUUUUUUUCAAAAGAACCAUUCAGAAGGAAAACCUGAAGCAUUUCUACUUAUAUUUUGAUUUCAUUUGGAAAUAACUGGCCCCUUAACCUGUUCUACAGUAAAACAACUUCAUGGGGAAGCACAAAUAUGAAUAUUAGAAUAAAUAAAAGCUAAAGGUACGUUCCUCUUUCUCCUUUCCUACCCCCUACUCCCAGUUUUAAUGUAUUAAGUUAUCCAAGUUUCUGCUGGCCUGUCUUUACUUUUUAUUAAUAUUAAUUUGGUCUCAGAUCUUUACUUUUUAUAAUGUGAGAUCUUUUGACAUGUAAAUCUAAUUAUUUUAACCUCUUUUAUUCCUUGAAAAUAAUUCUAAAUCAAGAAUUUCAAAUAAAAACAGGCAGUGACUAAAACCUG